CGAAAUAAAAUACAAAUACGCAAAUGUGCUACCAGAUCAGCGCGUACGAUUUCCUACCGAAGAGGUCAUAAUUUGGCGCUAUAGCCGCGGUCACACUGGUUAGGUAGCGUCUCGUUCAAUUUUCAAUUUUAGCUGUUAAAAUUCGCGAGAAAUGUGAUAAAUGCGGAGUUAUAUACUCACGCAAUAAACCUUCGACGAUAAUACACUCCUAGAAACGAAAUCAUUACGGGCAGAAGUGAAAGGAGUAGCCUUCGGGUUAACGAAACGAACUUGUCAUUGUCCUUCCCAACGUUGUUGUUAUUUUCCUUAUCCGGUGGCAGUCGUUAUUAUUGUUGUUGUUGUGGUUUUUCGUGGAUAUAUACAGUGUUUACUCGAUUGUUUCGACGGAUACACACACAGAUUGCAAGGAAACAACGAUGGACACGGACCAUGCGAACCUAAAUGAUUUCAGGGAUCGCGAUUUGGCCACACGCAUGCGCCGCUGCAAUUACGAGAAAUACAAAUCCCUGGUGCGCAUGCACCUAUCGUUUGAAUUGGAGCUCAAUACGGAUGAGUUUGAUCUCCCCUGUCACGAGAUCGUCUACGAGGACAAGGGUAAGCUGAAGAAGUGGAACCGCCUCUCUAAAAAACAUCGCUUGGGACAUGGAGCAGCUGCCACAUCCUGUGCCGCCGGCUCCGGCAGCAAAUCCGUGGGCAAUAGUCCCACAGAGACACUGCAACAACAAAUUGAUCCGGGAUUUUUUAUGCAUCUGCAGGAGCUCAAGGAGUUCCUAAUGCUGGAGAAGAAUCUCACCCAGGAAGGCAUAUUUCGCAAGGCUGGCGCCGUGUCCCGGCAAAACGAACUUCGGAUGCACAUCCAGCACGACAAACCACUGAAUUUGGAACUGGCCGGCUUCUCCGCUCACGAUUGUGCCACCGUUUUUAAAGGUUUUCUGUCCGAACUUCCAGAACCCCUGCUUACGGAUGCCCACUAUCCGGCGCAUCUCCAGAUAGCUCCGCUCUGCCAGGCGCUCAAUUGUCAGCCAACGGCCACUGCUGAGCGUCAGCAACACCUCCUCAACUCCGUGCAGCUGCUUCUACUUCUCCUGCCCGAGGAACAUCGUGAACUCCUUCAGCACAUUAUAGAAAUGCUGCAUGCUGUGGCCAAGCAUGAGAAGAGCAACAAAAUGAGCGCUGAAAACUUGGCCACUCUCUUCACGCCCCACCUUAUUUGCCCAAGGCAACUCCCACCCGAGGUGCUGCACUACCAGGCGAAGAAAAUGUCCAGUAUCGUGACCUAUAUGAUCGUCCGCGGACUGGACAUCUUCGAGGUUCCUGGAAAGCUGUCUACCGACAUCCGGGCGUACUUUCUUGAGCGCAAAAGAAAGAAAACCAUGUCGCCGGAACAAACGCUCGACGAGUCCAUCUCGGACGUCUCGACGGUCAACACGGUGUACACUUUUGUAGACCGAGCCGCCACUGCAGCGGCCACAAAUACGAACAAUACGGACACGGAGCUGGCGCAGCUUUAUGCCCAUAUCCAAAGCAUGCCGGAGUCCUCUAAGAAGCGGCGUCUGAUUAAACAGUUCAACAAGCAAAAUGGGCAGGGCACUCCGUUGCAACUGGUGGUAAUGAAUCGUUUGAAGAACAACGAGGCCACUCGAAGUGCCAAGUCCCUGGGUGAUUCCAUUAAGAAGCACAUUUUCCACAAGAGUCUCAUGUCGCGCACCCCAAAAAGAGUGCCACCCAGUUUUCAUUUGGCUAGUGGAUCCGAGACGCCCAAUAUGUCGCAUGUGAAACCGCCAAAGAUGCGGGUGCUGUUUCAGAGCCCUACGCCACCCACACCCACCUCAUCGACCAUCACCAGCGUCACGCUGGCCACUAACCCACGGCAUCAGCUUCAGAAAUCCAUCUCAUCUGCUUCCCUCAAGAUCGAAUCCUCGUCCUCGGACAGCAGCUCUAGCUGUGCGACCAGCGGUAGUAUAUCUGCUCCAGUCAGUCGACAGCAAUCGAAAGAAUCGGACGGGGGAGCUGCUGUUUCCGGCCAGGACCUGGAUGAGAUCGAUGCCGAUUGCUGCGUGACGCCUUUGAAGAUCAUGUCAGCGGUUGCAAAGCAGCUAAUUGACAAGAAGAGCGUUGCCUGGGACGAGCACCGACUACUGGAGAUUGAGGAGUACUCGAAUCCUUCUACGCCCGUCCAGCAAUCGACGCGGUACAAGUCGGAGCCUAAUCUCUCAAGUAUCCUGCCACAGGUUGACGCAGAGGAAGAGGACGACGGCGCACUGACGCCCAUUAUGGAGGGCCGCAGUACCAUGGUGGCAAGCAGCAGUCAUAUGGGCAGAUCAAUAACCCGGAAAUUGAUGAAGGGCGUUAGCAUGGGUAAUCUUAGAUUCCCAUUCAGCACGCCGGAGACAACCAAACGACUGGUGCGAAGUGUUUCUGCCACGCUCAGGAGGCGUCCCAGUGGCGAAGAAGGCAAACCCUGCCCAUUAGCAGCGGAUGCACCACUUCUGGAGGACGUAGACGAUAGCGAUGAAGACGACGACCAUCAUGGGGCCGUGGAUGAGGAGGACGACGAUACACUUUCAGAGAACAAUGGCAGCUCCAACGAGCUGCCCGCCAUGAACCUGGGCUAUCAGCAGAUACUACAGAGCAGCGUGUACCGCAACAUGGAUCUCAUUACGAGCACACCAGCUUUACAUAUGGGUCGCCGUUCCAUGUCGCCCAUUACCAAGUCGACUCAACGCAUGCCUAAGGCGAUGCAGGAAUCUAUUAUGACUCCCCGCUCUCGAAAACCGGUGAUGCUGCUUACUGCCUUAGCUGGCAAUGGCGAGAAACAGCUAAAUCUGAGCUUCGCCGAGCAGGAUGAGCAGGAUUCGAUUGGUGGCACGCCGACCAAGCAGCUGGAGCCACCUUCGCUGCACAGCGAGGAUGCCACUUCAUUAGGAGGAUAUGCGGAUAUCCUGGGGCAGCAGCAGAGCUAUGCUCUCUUUAAUCCCAGACAGAGGACGACCAGCAGUAGCAACAGCAAUGAAGACUUAAAGCCCUCAAACGCUUUAUCCAGUGAUUUCAAGGAAUAUUUGCUCACGCGCAGUGUCCUUACCGCCAGUCCAGCGGAUUUAUCGUUUGCCAGUCGGUCGGAUGAUUUCGGUGGCGCCAGCACCACCCAGGAUAUCGACGACUUGGACGAGACCGAUCUGAGCCCCAGUCUGCUCUACUGCCUUGACGGAAACGAGCCCACUUUGGCCUCACCCUUUGGCAACAGCAACGGCAGGAAGCGAUCGGCGGGCACACCCUUAAAGUCUACGAUAACUACUGACCUCGACGUGGAUAACAAGGAGAACAUGGAGAACCUGCAGGAGGAGCACUCGCGCAACAAAAAGCUGCUUAUUACUUCUCCCGAGAAGUAUCCGGGCGAAACGGCCCUCUAGCUUUAAAUCGAUCUUUUCGCACACCUAUGUAUUUUCAUAAUCUAACGUUAAAACCGUUGUACGGUUUUAAAAAAUCAUCUCUCAUCAAAA